UGUUGCUGUGUCUAACCGUACUUUACCAAGUAGCGGUGUUGUACUCUGCAACCUCCGCAAGUUGACUACAUUGACCCGAUCAAGUGCUGAAUACAACUCGCGCUUGGUUGCAUAUAGAAAAGCUAUCGCUGCUGCUGCGGCUUCGUCUUCUUCCUCUGGUGCUGCUGCAAGCUCUUCCUCUGCCUCGUCGCCGACAAAGAGAGGAGACCAGAACAAAGCCAGGCCCUUGGUAAAAGACGGCGUGAUCAAUGUCUUUACUAGGGAUGGCGCGACGAAGGAAUACGAUGCAGUUUUGCGUGGAGGUACCCGUAAGCAAAUCCAGUACGAAAAUCCGAUGGAGGCAGCGCCUUGCUUCAUCUGGCAUGGAUAUUGG